CUCAACUUUCAAGCACUAUUGAGAAUUUUCUUUCAAUUAUGUGCGGUUUAUGUUGUUUAACACCUUUGAAAUCAGCUCCAAACGUAAUACUACCAUGUUCCGAUCCUUAAGUACGCCUAGUUUCACCUAAUCCACUUUUACACAAACAAACUUAAAAAAACCCUUCAAUGUUGAGUGCUCAAAGACCCUCCUCCUCCAGCACCACAACCAGUGGAGAUCAAACCAAUCAAGACCAUGGCCCCGAUAAUGAAAAUGAACAAAUCCGUGACAUCCAUGCUCUAACCCCACCUCAUCCACCGCCUCGAAACCGUUGGGAAACAGGCAGCAGUCAUCAUGGAUCAUACUCUAUGUCCAUGAGUGGUGAAGGUGCUUCAAGUGAAAACUUCACUACCAUGAGUAGAGAGUUUAAUGCUCUUGUGAUUGCAGGGUCUGCUAUAGGAACUAGUAACACCACCAACAAUAGCAUCUUUGAUCACAGUGAUAUUGUAAGCAGCGCCUUGUUGUCUAGAAUUGGAGAGGAUGAUCAUGACGUGCCUGAAGAAACUAACCCGUUGGCUAUUGUGCCCGACAACAACCCUUCAGACCCCGAACCUAGCUCGAGAAGGCUCGGAUCCGGUCGUGUGGGUAGUGGUAGCCAUGGUGGUGAAGUGUCGGUGAUAAGAGUGAAAAAAGAGGAAGUAGAGACUAAGAUAACUGCAUGGCAAAAUGCAAAGAUUGCAAAGAUCAAUAAUAGGCUCAAGAGAGAAGAUGCUAUAAUUAAUGGGUGGGAGAGUGAGCAGGUGCAAAAGUCUACUUCUUGGAUGAAGAAGGUUGAGAGGAAGUUAGAGGAGAAAAGAGCAAGAGCCUUAGAGAAGAUGCAAAAUGAGGUAGCAAAGGCACACAGAAAGGCAGAGGAGAGAAGGGCAUCAGCUGAAGCUAAGAGAGGAACCAAGGUUGCUAGAGUUCUUGAAGUAGCCAAUUUGAUGAGAGCUGUUGGCAGAGCUCCUGCCAAACGAUCCUUCUUUUGAGCCAUAAUUAAUAGCACCACAUAAUAGUACUCCUUGAAACAUUUUCAAACAAAAAACAGUGUCCACAAUAAUUGCUCCAAACUGCUAGGGCCCUGCAUCUUUUGAACAGCAGGGCACCCUUUCCAAAAUGGGGCAUUGAAGAGUAGCACUCGAAGCUGCAAAAGUAUUGAUUUGGGUAGUUAUUAUGUGUCUUUUUUGAGUCUUGAACUUUGUAAGUGUGCUAAGAAUUUUGAGGGGCCUGUUGGUAAUAGUGGUGGAACAACCUUUGUAUCUUGUGCAGUUGUAUUACUUCAUGUUAUUGACAGAAAAUGGUGCUUAGUUAAUAGAUAUACUUGUUCAAAGAUGAUUGUAAAGUUUUGGUUAGUGCAUGUACUCUAGAGUGUGUAAUUGGAUAUUAUACAGAAGAGCCAGCAUCUUUGUGUGAA